AUGACAGUAUCGCUUAAAGAUCCACUGUCAUCAGACAGCCGUUCACCAAAUUCCUUGGUUAGAUCGAACAGUGUUACAAUACCGCUUGUACACAGACCAUGUUCCUUGCCCAAAGAGACAAAAAAGUCUGCUGAAAUACAUAAUUUAACAUUCAUAAUUGAUGGGUAUCGUCGUACCAUUAGGCCAGUAUAUCCCAUCUCUCUUACUACAAUCAAGCCAAAAGAUUUGAGAGAAACCGCAGUUGCGAGAAGAAAAUGCAGAACCAAUAGGAGCACCAGUAAAUUACCUCAACUUGUUCGGCCCUUCAAAAACCCACCACAAUGUCUCUUGCCACCACCAUACAAUCCUAAAAGUACAGCAUGGGAGGAUUUGUUCUUGAAGCUGCCGUUAUAUGUUCGUUGGAUGAUAUACGAUCAGCUUUCAGUCAUAAGACAAGACCCGGUACUAAUUAGAUCACCUCUUUCUUCUGCCUAUAAAGAAAGCCACAAGACGUUAACAAAUUCUCACGCUAUUCUUAGAGUGAGCAAGACGAUUCAUCAUGAUGUUGCUGAGUACUUUUAUACCAAUACUCAUUUUGUUAUUGGAAGUUGGAGAUGGGACCAGGAACCGGAACUUGAGCCUUCUCCUGACGGUAUACAAACUUUUCUUACUUGGACCCCACGACAUUAUGUCAAUUGUAUAACCAAACUUACUAUUCUGGCCCGUCUUGUCGUAUACUUUAGAAAAACAGAAUUCGCACACGCCGAUCUCAUGUAUUUUGAGGCUAUGACAAUUGUCGCAAAAGAAAGCUUCGUUAAUCUGCGAAUUUUGUCUCUUUUGUUCACUGAGUUUGACGGUGUGUGUGUUCCAGAUUGUCCACUAGAUGUUGGAGUUAAGACGGAUGGAUGGCAUCAAACUGUAUACUCUUCGUUCAAGAAGUUGUUGAAUCAUCAAAGUCUUCAAGAGAUAUACUUGGGGGUGGACUUGAUGGGAAAGCCAGCUCGAUAUAAAGGAAUCCGCGCUUGGGAUCAAUUACUAAAUCGUGACGCUUUCAUAUUGAUCAAGGAGAUGGCGAAGUACGCUACGGUGGAGCACGGGUCAUGGAUAUUUUAUGGUGAAGAAGACUGGGACAAACUUUUUACACGGGGGGAAGACCAUAAUGAUUAUUAUUUUGAUCCUGAACUCUGUCCGAUUGCUAGAAAGUCUGUUUAA